AUGGCGACACGGCCGAGCCGGUAUCGGUCGUCGACCUCAGCGUCGAACCAGCUGGCGACGAGCAAAGCGGCCGAGGUUCUCCAGAGCCUUCUUCACGGCGUUCAGGCUGUGAUCUCGCCGCCAUCCUCCUCUCCAGCACGGCCGCUGUUGCUACCGACUGAACAGCCAUCGACAGCGCCGGCAAGGAGACAAACUGUUGGCGGCUACCCAGACAUCCAGGCCCUACUCAAGUACGCCCGCCAGAUCCACCAGUACCUUACCGCUCUCCAACCACCAAACACGGCGCAGGAUGACUUCCGACAUAUGCACGGCUUCCAACUGCUCUUGAGCGUCCUACGGUCCUUCUCCGGCUACUACAACCCGCAAGUGCGCAGGGAUGCGGAGAAGCGCGCCCUCUUUGAGCUGCUCCACGUGGUGCUGGCUGUCCUGUCUGCUGCCUUCCGGGGCCACCACGGCAACCGGCGCUACUUCCGUCAUCGUGUAGAGGGCGGCGGCUGGGAGGCCCUGGAGCAGAUCAUUGCUAGCAUCGGCCUCGGCGUGAGUGACUCGGAUAUGUGGGGCAAUUGCCAGCUAUUUGGCAAGCUCCUGUCCUUUGCACUCGACGACCAGCGGAUGGACGAGCUCUGCCAGUGGAUAGCCGCUGUUUCCAUUGCCGAUUCGUCCCAAUCCAAGGCCAUAGCUGCGGCCGGUGGUGCACCAGAGGCAAAACAACACGAGAGCACACAACAAGACACAAAGAAGAAUGGAGAUUUACGGACAGAGGACAGCGACUACGCCGCGGGUAGGGAUGAGGUGGCGGCUGAAUCAAAGGAAAUAGAUGGGUCGACUGUGACGGACGAAAAUGAAAGCUUCGAGCAUGUCAGCAAGGAAGACGCAAUGGAAGACGCGGCAGAAGAUACGACGAAGACAAAGGACGCUGCGCUGUCGGGUGCAUUUGACGCUGCGCACAUGAAAACGAGGCUCAGCGACAUCAUUGCGCCCAAGACGGAGCUACAGAAUGCCGAAGUGAUGCGCACGGUCAUUGGCUUCUGGGAGUGCAUUCCGCGGAGUCAGGCUGCCGAGACGGAUCCCAUCUCUCUGCUGGUUCUCGAUUCCGUCGCGGCGUUGCUGCACAUAUCUCUUUCCAACCUGUCAGCUCUCCACAGCACCGGCAUUCUGUCCCGCUUCCUUCGGCUGUAUUUUGCUGUACCGUCGCCGCUCAGCACCGAGGAACGCGAGCGAAUUCUCCCCAUCUGCCGGUCGCUGAUGUACCUCGGUGUCAACCAGCUGUCCGAUGCCCAGUUCUUGCUCUCGAGCACAGAUCCAGCUGCAUCCGUCUUUUGUCUCGAUGUGGCCUCGAAAUAUACCGGCCCACCGUUUGUGCAGUUCGAUCUUUCCCACUGUGGCCACUCAUCCAUCGAGCUGCCCAACCUGGGCCGCUCGUUCCCGCCCAUGGCCGGCAACGGCUACACAUUCACAUGCUGGAUGCGUGUCGACACAUUCGACCGCAAAUCACACACCACCAUUUUUGGCGUGUUCGACGCUUCGCAAACCUGCUUCCUUCUUCUGUAUCUUGAGCGUGACACCCACAACUUCAUUCUCCAAACCUCCGUCACGUCGUCCCGGCCCAGUGUCCGCUUUCGGUCUGUCAGAUUCAGCGAGAAGCAAUGGUAUCACGUUGCUCUUGUGCACCGCCGUGGCAAAACGCGCGCCUCACUCUACGUCAACGGCGAGUUCGUGGAGCAGGUCAAGGCGGCCUAUCCCGUGCCGCCGCCGACAGUACCUGGCGGGAAUUCCGAGAGCUUCGUCUCCUUUGCGAGCAACAACCGCGGAAAAACCAUCCCCGUCCAAGCCUUCCUGGGAACGCCUAAGGAUCUAUCUGUGCAGGUGGGCUCGGACUCCAAGUGGUCCUUGGCCUCCGCCCACCUCUUUGAAGAAACGCUCAGCGAUGACUUUAUUGCUGUGCACUUCCGGCUAGGUCCCCGCUACCAAGCAAACUACCAGGACAGCCUCGGCGGAUUUCAGACCUACUCGGCAUCGGCCCGUCUGGCUCUCCGCAAUGACUUUCACGGGGGCAAAGACGAGAACUCGGACAUCCUGCGUGCCAUCCGCGAUAAGGCCUCGUCCAUAGCACCGGAACAGAAAAUCUUGAUGAGCACCCUGCCCCGCUCCACCUUCCGUAUUGACGGCACGUUUUUCGAAUCGCUCCUCUUCCGAUCCCUUUCGCGAGCUUCGGCAGCGAACUUGCUCUCCCUCACUACCAAGAGCGGUACGGCCAUUGCUAUUAAUGGCGCCCUCCCCUGCAUCAACGACGCUCUUGUGCGUUCCCACGGCGUGUCCAUUCUCACCGGAGACCCCGUGCUGGCGACGCCAUAUAACUUUGACGACAACCUCUGGCGCCUUGCUGGCUUCUCAUCACUCGCCUUGAAGCUGGUGGAGCGGACGACCACUGCCGAAGAACUUGUUCGCGCCACCGAGAUGGUAUUCCAUUGCAUCAACAGCAGUUGGCGGAAUAGCGACGCCAUGGAACGGGAUAAUGGAUAUGCUAUCCUGGGCAUGCUGCUGCGAGCAAAGCUGGGCAGCGCCCCUUCGUCGGCGCCGUUGCUUUUGGUAACCACGACUCCUCUUGCAUCUGAAAGCUCCGGCUGGAAGGCGGCACCAGUGACAGGUGACCGGAAGGAUACGAGCUUGCGUUUGCUCAAGCUUGUUCUUGCCUUUGUUGGCUACGACCAUGCAAACCCUCUCGAGUCUCUCAUAAUCAAUCCGCUGGCAUAUCGCAUUCUCCUGAUCGACUUCGAUACAUGGCGGAAAGCACCGCCCGACACACAGCAGCUAUACUACGAACAGUUUGACACGUUUGCCGUUAUGAGCAAGUUCCACCAGUUCAACAGCCGGCGCCUUCUUCGGAUGCGUACGUUGAACAGUCCUUGCUGGAUUUGUUUUACUGCGGGGCCUUGA